GAAAAGGGGUUAAAAAUGGUUCUGUAGUCACGUGCCGCGGGAUCUAAUGGGAGGAGCAGUUGCUGGGGGCCGCUUGGCGCUUCCUGUUUCCGGUUCCCAGAGUGGGGCUCACCGAGGCGCCUAGGGGAACGCUGGCCUCUCACACGAGAUCGGGGACUGGGGUCUGCGGCAGCCAGCUCGCUGGCCCCAAUUCCCAGCCCCAGACGGAAAUUCGCCGGGGGAUUCUGAGCGGUGGUUCCUUCCUUUGCCUGUGGCACGAUGCUGCCCUUCAAUAGCUGCUGGAAGACGGCACUGGUACUACUGCUUCUGCAAGCUGCAGCUGUGAAAGAAUCCUUGCAGACAGAAGAAAAAUGCGACUUGGUAGGAGACACGGGUAAAGAGUCAGAAAGGGAGUUAGCUGUGUUGAAGAAACUGAAACCACUUUUUAAUAAAAGCUUUGAGAGCACUGUGGGCCAGGGCCCAGACACAUACAUAUAUGUGUUCAGGGUGUGCCAAGAAGCUAGCAAUCGCACAACUGGAGCGGGCCUGGUGCAGAUCAACAAAAGUAAUAAAAAGGAGAAAGUGAUAGGGAGACUCAAUGAGACUCACAUCUUCAAUGGAAGUAAUUGGAUCAUGCUGAUCUAUAAAGGAGGUGAUGAAUAUGACAACCACUGUGGCAAGGAGCAGCGUCGUGCAGUGGUGAUGAUCUCCUGCAGUCGACACGCCCUAGCGGAUAAUUUUAACCCUGUAUUUGAAGAACGAGGCAAAGUUCAAGAUUGUUUCUACCUCUUUGAGAUGGAUAGCAGCCUGGCCUGUUCCCCAGAGGUUUCCCACCUCAGUGUGGGUUCUAUCUUACUUGUCACGUUUGUAUCACUGGUAGCUGUCUAUAUAAUUGGAGGCUUUUUAUAUCAGCGAUUGGUGGUAGGAGCCAAAGGAAUGGAGCAGUUUCCCCACUUAUCCUUCUGGCAGGAUCUUGGCAACCUAGUAGCUGAUGGUUGUGACUUUGUGUGUCGUUCUAAACCCCGUAAUGUGCCUGCUGCAUAUCGUGGUGUGGGGGAUGACCAGCUUGGAGAAGAGUCAGAAGAAAGGGAUGAUCAUUUAUUACCAAUGUGAUUGCACUUCAGAUGCCCUGCCUUUCUUCAGUCCCCCAAACCAAAGCAUACUCGGCCAGAUUUCUGAAGUGUCUCCACUCAGCUUUCAUUGAACCCUUUAUACUGCUUUUGCUUUUGUUUGCUUUAUAUAUAUUUGAAUCUUCUCACUAGAACUCCCUCCCCCUUUGUUCCCUAUCAUGUUUUCUUUUAAAGGUACAAUUGUA